UCUCAAUCCUCUAUUUUCCAUGUAUUUUUCAGCAAUUUAUUCCCCCAAAUUUCUCAGCCUUUCUUUCACUGAUCUCCCCCUUGAAUUUAAUCUUCUCUUUUCUUUCUUCAUUAAUUCAUCCAAUAAAAUGGUGUAUUCAAUUUAAUUUCAUUUUCUUCAGCAUAUUUUAAUCUUUCUGCGGCUUUUUGAUCUUGAAGGUUUUCGGGUUCAAUUCAUAGGUUAAGGGGUUUUGUUCUAGAAAUUAAGAUGGCUUUUCAAACACCCAUUGCAAUUCGAAUUCAGGAUGAAAAUAUAGAUGCACGUAGAGGCAAAGGUAUUGCUGGUGGAAAGGUUGAUGGAUCCAAACAUACUCAGAAAGGGUUGAAGGAGAGGAAAGCAUUAGCAGAUGUUUCGAAGUCUGUAAAGCCUUCUCAACCUAAUGUAAUAAAGCAAUCAAUUACAAAGCAGAAAUCUGUGGAAUCAGAUACUAGAAACAAGAAGAGUGAACCAUCUAAGUUUGGUCUAACUGAACAACAAAUCAAGCAAUGCGAGGAAUGGGCCAAGGAAGGAGUUGAGCAUGCGUACUUUACUGGAAGUGAUCAGCAAAAACUUAAAGAGAAAAAUGCAAAAGAUGCUGUAAAGAAGGAAGUUGAUGAAAUAAUGACUGCUUUGAGGAGUUGGACACACAUGGCCUAUUGUAACAUAAGACCAACAAUGGCUCUUGACAAUGACUUUUUGGAGCUUAAACAUGAACCUGAGGUUCUUCCUCCUGGAAUCAUUUCUUCCGGUCCCUAUUCAGGGAUUGAAGCAUAUGAUCCAUUCGAUGAGGAUGAAGAUGAGGACAUACUCUCACGCUUCCCAGACAUCUGUGAGCUCAAAUUGAAAAAUGAAUAUCUAUCGGAUGGGUAAAAGCCACUAGAGGUGAUGAAUGUAAGGCAUUCUAAGAGAUGCGACUGUAUUGUGUAUUCCUUGUUUUGGACAGGGCAUUUAAAAGAAAUACACAUGCUUUUGGUUGAGUUUUAGUUUCUAGUUUCAUGGAUUAUCUUUUUACCAGUUGCAUGUAAUCAUGCUUUAAUUUCUGUCUCCCAAAAAUGUUGCUGUGACAUGUACUCUUGUUUAUGGUGGAUGUAAUCAUGCUUUAGUUUCUGUCUCCCAAAAAGGUUGCUGUGACAUGUACUCAUGUUUAUGGUGGCUUCCAUUUCAUAUGGUUGGGUUCCUUUAUUGAUUAUGGUCUAUAACCAAUUGACACAAA